ACCUCUUGGUGCGGAGACGCGGCCUUCGGUACGUAUCUGCAAUCGAUACCAUGUCCCUUAGUGGAUCAUCCCGACUGAGAAAAGAGAACCGCCGGGUCAAAGAUAAAAGCGGACCCGGGUUUCUGAACGGCGCUUGGACCACUACUGUUCAAGAUACGUACCGCCCAAGGAUGAGCUGAGGCACGAACGGCGCUACCCCUGUUUCGUCCAGUGACUCCAAGUUCCAAGCUCCAAGCUCCCGAGCUCCCUGUCCCUCCCUCUCUCGACAUCUAUCCGGACCUCCCCAUCCAAUUGGCAACGGUCCUCCACUGGCAACCAUACGAAAACGGGAAGAUGCCAUCCAACUCUCAAUCCGAAGACGCCGCGGAACGGCCCCUCUUGGCAGACCCUCAUCAUGAGUACGGCGGCACUGACGGGCCCGACCCUCCGGUGCUCAUCGCCGAGGAGCGCGGGGCUGGUACCUUUUCGAAGAACCUUGGCGCUGUCGAGGCAUUUGCCAUUGUCAUCAGCAUCGUCAUCGGCAGCGGCGUCUUCACCUCUCCGGGUUCCAUCGACACCAAUGUUCCGUCGCCCGGUGCCGCGUUGGUAGUAUGGCUCAUUGGUGGUGUUCUGGCGUGGACUGGUGCCAGUACCAUGGCCGAGCUGGGGACCGCGAUCCCAGGUGAAGGCGGCGUCCAGCCCUUCCUGCAACACAUCUACGGCGACAUCUUUGGCUUCCUCGCCGCCUGGACCUGGAUCGUGGCCGUCAUGCCAGCCACUCUCGCCAUCCUCAGCAUAGUAUUCGUCGAGAGCAUCUACUCCGCCGGCGGGGUGACUGACCAGGCCGGAGCCCUCUCGCACAAGCUCUUCUCGAUCCUGAUCCUCGUCGUCAUGAACGGCGCCAACUCCAUCAGCACCAAGGCCAGCACGCGUCUGAACAACUUGUUCGUAGUGACCAAGUUUACCAGUAUCUUUGCCGUUGUACUUGCCGGCAUCGUCGUCGUCAUCCUUCAAGUCUCAGACCACGACCGUGAUGUCGGUGGGCGGGACUGGUUUAAAAAGCCCUGGUUCGGGAACCGCAAGACGUCUCUGCCGGGUGGCGGCGAGCUUGACUGGGACAAGGUCGGUACGUGGGAUAUGCUUGGGUACUACUCGGCUGCGCUUUACGGUGCUCUGUGGGCGUACUCUGGCUGGGAUAAGGUGAGUCACGCCCCAUUGGCAUCUAAGCAGACACCGUCUCACACUUUCAAGGCCGUCUACGUCUCUGCUGAGCUUCAGCAGCCGGCACGCCAGCUCCCUCUUGCUAUCAACACCGCCGUGCCGACCAUCAUUCUGUGCUUCAUCGCAGCCAAUGCAGCGUACUAUAUUCUCCUCCCUUGGGAUGUCGUGGCUGCGACCGACAGCGUGGCAGUUACUGCCAUUAACCGUCUCCUCGGCCCGAUCUUCGGCAUUAUCGCAGCCGUCCUCAUCUGCCUCGUCGUCGCGGGCUCCCUUCUCGGCAACUCCUUCGUCGCAGGCCGCAUGACCGUUGCUGCGUCAAACUUCAACUGGCUCCCCAAGUUCCUCGGUUUCGUAGGCCGCGUGGGGUUCAAGUCGGAGGAGAACUCGCCAGCCGACUCAACGGACGAAUCCUCCGGACCCGCGCACACAAGGUCCGACGCGCCGCUCAACGCGCUCUUGCUCUCGACAAUCCUCUCGGCGCUGUAUAUUCUGUUUGGUAACUUCCGCGCUCUGUUGACGUUCAACGGUCUGGGCGAGUACACAUUCUUCUUUUUGACGGUCCUGGGUGCGGUCAUCCUGCGCGUUCGAGAGCCGAAGCUGCGGAGACCGUAUAAGCCAUUUGUGCUGAUCCCGAUUGUGUUUGCGCUGGUCAGUGGAUUUGUGGUUGUGAGGGGGGCCAUUUUUGCCCCUGUGCAAGCACUCAUCUUGAUCGUUUUGUGGAUUGUUGGGCUUGGGUUUUACUGGGCCAGGAGGAAGUACUAUGCGCAUUGCAACAGGGCCGACCAUUGACCAAACGGCUAGGACGAUGUGCCUCAUUUACUGAAGCGGUUAUCGACGGCCAGCAAUUUGGAUUUAUCUAGGUAGAGUGUUUGCGAGAGAUAC